UUGUGAGUAUAUAAGAUGAAUAUUUUCGACAUGCAAUUACAGACGAUUCAGCGAUUACCAACAUGUUAAACAAAUUGAUACUUUUAAUUCUGGCAAUCAUUGCCAUUGUAAUGGCAGAACAUAGUGAAUAUAAGCGUGACCUAUAUGGUGAUAGUCAAGGAGGCUAUGGUGGUGGUCAAGGAGGAUAUGGUGGUGGUCAAGGAGGAUAUGGUGGUGGUCAAGGAGGAUAUGGUAGUCACAAUGGACAAAAUGUCUUUGCUAACGGCGAAGGGCGAAGGGAAUAUGGUGGUGGACAAGGAGGAUAUACUGGUGGGCAGGGAGGAUUUGGUAGUAGGCAAAGUAGUCGACAUAGUGGACAAGGCGGAUUUGGAGGUGGUCAAGGUGGAUAUGGUCAUAGAGGUUAUUAGAUAAUAUAUUUACAGGGAAAUGAAUAUGUAAGAAUCAUCUUUGUUUGGAGAAUUUAUUAUCUGUAACACUUUGAUGUAGUAUUCAAAAGGUAGAUAUUUAAGCUAAUACUAUCACACUUUCAAUUUAUUAAACUGUAUUUAUAAC